UGGUACUUUCUUAAGUGAGUGCGUCACCUGUCAGCACCUUUGUGGUAAUAGCGCAUUUGCGUCUUUACGCACGGACGAAGCUCUCUUCUGAUUUUAUUGGCUGCCCACCAGGCUUGUUUUCUUGGCUUGUAAUGUUUUUGCAAACUCAAGUGAAGUCAGAAAAAAAAAGCUAUCUGUAGUGAUGUUCCUGCCCUUUCCUGUGUAAGGCUCCACCUAUUUCAACAGCACACUUGUCGCCGAGCCUCUGACCUGGCCUCCGCGUCUCGUCUCGUCUCUUCCCAGGUUACACUUGAAUAACGGGAUAACAACACUGUCGGACGAGAGGAAGGCUUCCCCGGCUGUGGACCAGGACUUCACAUCAUGUGUGGGACUCCACCAUGGCUGCUGGCCUCUCUGGCCUUUGCCUGUGUGACUUCUCUGGUUGACAGCUCUCCACUGAAGGUGAUGUCUGCCCCAAACGUGCUGCGUGUGGGAACAACAGAGAACAUCUUUGUGGAGUGUCAAGACUGUACAGGGGGAGACAUACAGGUUUACAUCAACGUGACAAACCAUCCAACCAAGACCAGGGAGCUGGUGUACACAUCUGUGACCCUUAACAGUGCAAAUCACUUCCAGGCAUUCGGACAAAUAAAAAUCCCCGCUGAAGAGUUUAGCAGGGAUCCCACCGUGAAGCAGUAUGUCUACCUGCAAGCUCAUUUUCCUGACGACCUGCUGGAGAAAGUCGUCCUUGUGUCCUUCCAGUCCGGCUACAUCUUCAUCCAGACUGACAAGAGCCUCUACACCCCCAGCAGUAAAGUUCUUUACAGGAUGUUUGCAGUGACACCUCGCAUGGAGCCCAUUGAGAGUGAUGGAAACAAUUUUAAGGAUUCUUUCAUUGACAUUGAGAUUAUGACUCCUGACGACAUAACUUUACCUGUUGGUUCAAUCUCUCCAACAUCGGGGAUCUACUUUGGUGUUUUCCAACUUGAAGAAAUUUUCAGUCCUGGAGUCUGGAAAGUGGUGGCCAAAUUCCAAAAGAACCCACAGCAGAGCUACACUGCAGAGUUUGAGGUCAAGGAAUAUGUGCUGCCGAGUUUUGAGGUGAAGUUGAUGCCUGUGAGCUCCUUCUUCUAUAAGGACAGUCCAGAGCUCACUGUCAACAUCAAAGCUACGUAUCUGUCUGGUCAAGGUGUGUCGGGCACAGCACAAGGGAUAUUUGGGGUUGUGCUUGAAGGUCAGAAGAGGAGCUUUCCAAAUUCUGUUCAGAGAGUAGCGGUUGAAAAUGGUGCUGGAGUGGUCAAACUGACGAGGGAACACAUCACACAGACCUUCCAAAAUAUCGACAACCUUGUGGGGAGUUCCAUAUUUGUAGCAGUCAGUGUGCUGACAGACAGUGGUAGUGAAAUGGUGGAGGCAGAGUUGAGAGGCAUCCAGAUCGUUACAUCCCCCUACACCAUUCACUUCAAGAGAACGCCCAAAUAUUUCAAACCAGGAAUGGCCUUCCAUGUUUCUAUUGAAGUUGUGAAUCCAGAUGAAACUCCAGCACAAGGUGUUGCAGUGGUGGUGAGUCCAGGUGAUGUGAGGGGUUUGACUGCAGCUGAUGGCCUUGCAAAGCUUCCCAUCAAUACAGAGGCAAGAGCAUCAGAUCUGAGAAUCACUGCAAAAACCAGUGAUCCUCGUAUUUCACCGGAAAGACAAGCAUCAGCCACCAUGGUAGCUCUUCCAUAUAAAACUAAAAGUUACAGCUACAUCAACAUAGGUGUGCAUACAGCAGAGGUUGAGUUAGGAGACAAUCUGAGGAUCUACCUCAACUUGAACAGGCAGUCAAAUCAAGACACUGAUCUCACAUACCUGAUCCUGAGCAGAGGUCAGUUGAUCCGACAUGGCCGUUACAGGACAAAAGGACAAGUAAUGAUUUCCCUGAUCGUUCCCAUCAUCAAAGACAUGCUGCCAUCAUUCCGCAUCAUAGCCUACUACCAUCCAAAUGACAAUGAAGUGGUAUCAGACUCUGUCUGGGUGGAUGUCAAGGACUCCUGCAUGGGCUCGCUGAAGUUAGAACCAUUGAGACCUACUGCAUCCUAUAGGCCUCGAAGUACGUUUGGUCUGAAGGUUACUGGAGAUCCAGGAGCCGCAGUUGGACUGGUGGCAGUUAACAAAGGAGUCUCUGUCCUGAAUAACAAGCACCGCCUCACCCAGAAAAAGGUGCAGGAGAUCGUGGAGAAAUUUGACACAGGCUGCACCCCUGGUGGAGGAAAGGAUGGUAUGAAUGUGUUCUACGAUGCUGGCCUGUUGUUUGAGUCCAGCACAGCUUCUGGAACUCCUUACAGACAAGAACUAAAAUGUCCAGCCCCCAGCAAAAGGAGAAGAAGAAACACUAUUAUGGACGUCACAACCAGCUUAAUAAGUCAGUAUAAAACUCAUCUUCAACGUCAGUGUUGUUUUGAGGGCAUGAGGGAAAGCACAGAUUCAUACACCUAUGAGAGACGCAGUGAGUACAUCUCUGAUGGUGCAGAAUGUGUUCAGGCCUUCGUGCACUGUUGCAAUGAGAUGAAAAACCUGCCUGCUGAGAAGAAAGAGGACCAACUCCAAGUGGCUCGCAGUGAGCUUGAAAUCAACAGUUACAUGGACAGCAAUGAGAUAGUGUCUCGCACUCAGUUCACUAAAAGUUGGCUGUGGAUAGACAACGUUCUGCUCUCUUGUCCUCAACACACACCCAACUGUGCAACCUCAUCAUUGAUGAAAAACGUUACUUUACCAGACUCAAUCACAACAUGGCAGUUCAUUGGCAUUAGUCUGUCAACAACCCAUGGAAUCUGUGUCAGUGAACCGUUAGAAGUGAUUGUCAGGAAGCCCUUCUUCAUUGACCUUAGACUGCCCUACUCUGCUGUCCGUGGAGAGCAGCUAGAAAUUAAGGCAAUCCUCCACAACUACAGCCCCGAUCUUAUCACUGUGCGUGUGGAUCUGACUGAGACGGAGCAUGUGUGCAGUGCGGCGUCUAAAAAUGCAAGAUAUCGUCAGGAGGUCAGAGUCGGGCCCCUGACUACACGAUCAGUUCCCUUCAUCAUUAUACCCAUGAAGUACGGACAAUUCGACAUUGAGGUCAAAGCAGUUGUGAAGGACUCGUUGCUCCUCCAAGAUGGAGUCAUGAAGAUGCUGCGGGUGGUGCCUGAAGGUGUACUAAUUAAGUCUGUACAGACUAUAAUUCUAGACCCCUCACACAAAGAUGCCGGAGGUAAACAAGAAGAAAUCCUCAAUAGUGGUAUUCCAAAGAAAGACUGGGUUCCUAACACACCUACAAGCACACAGAUCUCUGUGACAGGGAGUGAAGUUGGUCCAUUGGUGGAGAACGUGAUUAGUGGGAAAUUGAUGGGUUCAUUGAUCCAGCAGCCAAGCGGCUGUGGAGAGCAGAGCAUGAUCUACAUGAGUCUAUCUGUCAUCGCAACCAUGUAUUUGGACAAAACUAACCAGUGGGAAACUGUGGGCUUUCAGAAACGGAAUGAAGCCCUCCAGCAUAUCAAGACUGGCUACAAGAAUGAGCUGGCCUACCGACUGAAAGAUGGAUCUUUUGCAGUGUGGACCAGGGCCAAGAGUAACACCUGGCUCACAGCUUAUGUGGUCAAGGUGUUUGCCAUGUCCUACAACCUGGUGGAAAUGCAGAAGAAUGUAAUCUGUGACGCUGUCAAGUUUCUGAUUCUCAAUGCACAGCAACCUGAUGGCAUGUUCAGAGAAGUCGGAAGGGUGAUCCACGGAGCGAUACGUAGUGAUAUGCGAGGCUCAGAUUCAGAUGCCUCCAUGACGGCCUUCUGCCUCAUCGCCAUGCAGGAGUCACGCAAGCUAUGUGCUGACACAGUUAGUAGUCUGCCUGGAAGUAUUGACAAAGCCGUGGCCUACCUGGAGAAGCGUUUGCCCAGACUCACCAACCCAUAUGCUGUAGCCAUGUCAUCAUACGCUCUGGCCAACCAAGACAAACUGAACAGAGAGAUCCUGUACAAGUUUGCUUCCCCAGAGUUGUCCCACUGGAAUGUUCCUAAAGGACGUGUUUAUACAUUAGAGGCCACAGCUUAUGCUCUUCUUGCUCUGGUCAAAGCCAAGGCCUUUGAAGAUGCUAGACCUAUUGUGAGAUGGUUCAACAAACAGCAGAAGGAUGGUGGAGGCUAUGGCUCAACUCAGGCUACGAUGAUAGUGUACCAGGCUGUAGCAGAAUACUGGGCUAAUGCUAAAGAACCAGAGUAUGAUCUGAACGUGGACAUCCAUUUGCCUGGCAGGGCCAAGCCAGAGAAGAUCAACUUCAACAGGAACAACCACCACACGACCAGAACAUCAAAAUUCAAUGAUAUAAACCAGGAUGUUAAAGUGACUGCGACAGGAACUGGAGAAGCAACACUGAAGAUGGUGUCACUGUAUUACGCUCUGCCGAUGGAAAAAGAGAGUGACUGUCAGAAGUUUAACUUGUCAGUGGAGCUCAUCCCAGAGAAAAUGGAUGAGGAUGAGGCGAUAUACAAACUGAGAAUAGAAGUUUUAUAUAAGGACAAGGAUCACGAUGCAACUAUGUCAAUCUUGGAUAUUGGCUUACUAACUGGCUUCACUGUCAACACAAAUGACCUGGACUUAUUGGCCAAAGGACGCGCCCGUACCAUUGCAAAAUAUGAGAUGGACACAGUUCUGUCAGAGAGAGGUUCACUGAUCAUCUACCUGGACAAGGUUUCUCACACACGAUCAGAGAAGAUCACUUUUAGGAUCCACCAGACUCUGAAAGUGGGCGUCAUGCAACCAGCGGCUGUGUCUGUCUAUGAAUAUUAUGACCAAACACAAUGUGUGAAAUUCUACCAUCCAGAGAGGAAAGCUGGGCAGCUGCUGAGGCUCUGUAGAGAUGGAGAAUGCCCAUGUGCUGAAGAGAACUGCAGCAUGCAGAAGAAGGGUAAAAUCAGCAAUGAGGUGCGCACAGCUAAAUUCACUGAGACUUCACCCACCAGCAAAAUUGUUUUUGCUUACAAAGUGAGACUGGAAGAAUUCAUCGAUGGUUUGACCGCUGAUAUUUACUCAAUGCAGAUAAUGGAAGUGAUCAAAGACGGAACUCAUGAUGUUGGUCCUCUGGGUAAACUACGCAAAUUCCUCAGUUACCCUCACUGCAGGGAGGCUGUAGAUCUGGUUAAAGGCAAAACGUAUCUCAUCAUGGGCACAUCAGAGGAUAUUCACAAGGACCAACCGGAUCAGUAUGUGCUCAGCGAGGGAACCUGGAUCGAGUACUGGCCCACAGACGCAGAGUGUGGAACAGAUGAACACAGGCCAACAUGUUUGGGCCUGGAGGGGUUGGUCGCCGUGUAUUAGUAGAGCAACUCCAGAAAAGGAACUUUCCUUUUCUCCUUUUUUUUUGUAUUUUAGCAUUUUUUAUCAUGCAACUCUUAUAAGAUCAAGGUUCAAUGUGUCUUCAUUAUCCCUGAGGGGAAAUUUGGGUUACAGCUAGCAUUCCCAUAUUUACACAUAUGACAUAUAAAAUAAUUAGUACCACAUCACAAGUAACAAUAUUAAACACAACAAUAGAACAAGUGUGAUAUUUGAUUCACUGUGAAUUAGUAAAUACAUGAAUUUACUAAUUACAGACCAGUCUCAAUACUACCACAAUUGUCAAAAAUUCUCGAGAAACUAUUUAACGAUAGGCUAGACAACUUCAUUAACAAACACAAUCUGCUAUAUGAUAGCCAAUAUGGAUUCAGAAGAAACCACUCGACGGCGCUAGCUUUAACUGAGUCUGUGGAAACCAUUACUGACGCCAUUGAUCAAAAAUUACAUUCAAUAGGAAUAUUCAUAGACCUGAAAAAGGCAUUUGACACCAUCAACCAUGAUAUUUUGAUAGCUAAACUGGAGAGAUACGGUAUAAGAGGCAUAGCACUGGAAUGGGUCAAGAGUUAUCUUCACAACAGAUCUCAAUAUGUUAAGAUGGGAGAUUGCACAUCGACUUGCUUGGACAUAAUUUGUGGGGUCCCACAGGGAUCAGUGCUGGGCCCAAAACUGUUUAUACUAUACAUUAAUAACAUAUGCAAGGUAUCCAAUAUUCUGAAAUUAAUAUUAUUUGCAGAUGAUACUAAUAUUUUCUGUUCGGGGGAAGACCUAAACCAAUUAGUGGAAACAGUCAAUAAUGAAAUGGCCAAGCUACAUGUGUGGUUUAAUAUAAAUAAACUAUCUCUAAAUUUAGAGAAAACUAAAUAUAUGCUGUAUGGGAAAAAAGGCUGUAAGACUAGUAUUAACAUACAAGUUAAUGGAGUGGAUAUUGAAAGGGUUAAUGAGUACAAAGUGCUGGGUGAUUAUUGAUGACAUGUUAAGUUGGAGGCCACACACCAAACAGUUAAAAGGCAAGCUGGCCAGGAGUGUGUCCAUACUUUGGAGGGCACAAAAACUAUUAAACCAGAAGGCACUGUACUUGUUGGACUGCGCACUAGUCUCUCCACACCUGCAAUACUGCGCAGAGGUCUGGGGACACACUUACAAAACCACUACUUAUCCCCUGUUUAUACUCCAAAAAAGAGCCUUGAGAAUCCUACAUUGUGCCAGCUACAGAGAACAUACAAAUCAACUAUUUACCAAAUCAAAAAUACUUAAAUUCUAUGACUUAAUAAAAUACCGCACAGUACAGAUGAUGUAUAGGGCUGCCAACAAAAACCUCCCUCACAAUCUACAGACAUUAUUCCUGAACAGAGGGGAGGGACACAAUCUAAGAGGGAACAUGAGGUUUAGGCAGAUAAGGGUAAGAACCACAUUAAAAUCCUUUACUGUAUCGGUCACGGGGGUCAGACAGUGGAACAAUCUGGAUGAGGAGAUGAAAAAAUCAGCAAAACUGAGUGUAUUUAAAAAGAAGUAUGUAGAGAUGACUAUUAAUCGAUACAGAAUGACACAGAAAGAAAGUAUGACAAAGGUCAGGGAGAGAAAUCUGUAGACACUGUGGGAAACGGCGCGAUGGAACAUCAUGGACACAUGUACAGACACACAUGGAGUCUGAGUUGACUGUCUAGAGCUAGACUAUAUCUCUGAGUGCUACCGGAUGCUGAAACAUUUUUUCUUUGUCAAAAU